AUGCCAAGGCAGUUCUUAUUCGUCAAUAAGGAUGCCGACAGUUCAUCUUUGACCCGUAGCACGGCCACUGAGCAGUCCUCCAUCAAUUCCCACGUUCAGCGUGGCCGUCGGCACAGAAGGUCCGGUAACAACACCGGUCGUUCCGGUAAUCGAGCGAGAAAAGCUGUCGGGACAAGCAAGCCGGCUAUUCCUGUGGAAGAGGAAGAGGAGGCUAUCGUUGUUGAUACCCCUAGCACAUCGGCCUCGUUAGAUUCUCCGAUUUUAGACAGACAGGCUACAUCCGAGCCUUCGAGAGGCAAGCAGAUCAAGAUACCUUCGCGACCUCAUUCGAGAGCGCAGACCUCUAGAUCUACAGAAGCAGAAGAGGAGUCUUCCAAUGACCACUCAAGCCAAGGGACAACGUCUAGAGCUAGUUCUGAUCCAUCUCACAACGCCAAGAAGAAGAGGAAGAAAGGGUCGGUUAUGUUGCUAAACUCGAGAGAUAGCUCUCCUCGAGAUAUAACGCAGGUCAUUGGGUCCUCAGUAGACCCCUUCGGACAGUCAGUCGUCAAGCUUGACCCCCAUGUCGCCAGGCUAUGUCGGUAUUUCGCCGAGAGCUAUCAUCCCAGUGUCUGGAAUGCAGAACGUUGGGGUUCAGUCGAUGGAGCCUACACACAUCUGCCAUCUGCGAAACUCAUCAUCCAACGAGCAAUGCAGAAUGAAGUGGAAAUGAAUGCUAUGCUUGCUGCCAUGGCCGCGAGGAUAGAAGCUGUCGAUCGCAUACCCGACCAAGGCACAAACAAAUAUAUGGGCAACGCGUUAGUGGCAGUCAGGCAACGCUUCAGCUCUUCAUCAAAAGACCAGCUCUUGUUUAUCAUAUUCCACCUCUAUGCAGGUGAGGCAUAUAGGCAGAAUUAUCCUGCGGCGAAAAUCCACAUGCGAGCUGCAAAGGCUUUAUUCGCUUCCUGGGGCGGCCUGAAUCACAUCCCCGAUCCUGCGUUGAGGGAGCUCUUCAUCAUAGGAGAUCUUCACGUCUCGGCAGUGCUUUUGGAGCCGACUGAGCUUCCUUGUGACUACGAUCCUGGAUCAUACUGGACCGCUACGCCCUUGGAGUUGCAGCUUGCCCCAGAACAAGACCUCGGCAGUGUAGCUCCUGCUUUCUUAGGACCUGCAACUGAUGGAUACUUACCUGACGAGUUGGGAGAUGUCAUGCAUGAGAUCCGAGAAUGUGCUUGGCUAUUACGAUACGGAACCGUGGAACAUUCAGUUGCCUACAAACACGCUCUCAAAUGGCUGCAAUGGCGAAGCGCAGCAAUAAGAUGCAAGCUUCUAAGUAUGGCCUUUUCAGAUGCUAGCUUUGAAGCUAUUCGAGUGGCUCUACUCCUAUGGGUCCUUAUCACGACUGUCACAUUAGGUCUAAAGCUCUUAGGACACCGUAUGGCACCCAAAUUACAGUCCCUUCUCAGGACAGCAAGGAACCCCUAUCACCAAUGGAAAGGAAGGGUGGACAUCCAAAUAUGGGUCCUAACCAUAGGCGCCAUGUGCGCCGGCACAGACACGGAAGAAGAGAACUGGUUCAUUGAGAGGCUCUUUGAACUCGGCCUGCCCGAAAACAUUCGACUGUUCCGAGAAAUGCAAGGACCAGAGGCUACGACCACAAGCGUACUUCGAAACUUUCAAGAGAAGUUCUUCUACUAUGACAAGAUGCAGAAACCGAGGCUGGAGAGGCUAGCUGCGCUCAUUGAC